AUGUGGAAUUUGCCAGGAUCCUCUUUGCCUGCCUACCUCAUUUCCUUCUUCCUCCUCCUUCUCCAACUUCCUUCCAGCUACUCAGGACAAUUCACAGUGACAGGACCAGCUCACCCAAUCCGGGCCUUGGUAGGGGAUGAGACUGAGUUGCCAUGCCGCCUUUCACCUGCUAAGAAUGCUACAGGAAUGGAGGUGGGCUGGUAUCGGCCUCCCUUUUCUCGAGUGGUUCACCUCUACCGAAAUGGGAAAGAUCAAGAUGGAGAGCAGGCACCUGAGUACCGGGGGCGAACAAUAUUGAUGAAAGAGGCCAUAGGAGAAGGGAAGGUCACCCUAAAGAUCCAGCAUGUGAGAUUCUCUGAUGAGGGAGGAUACACCUGCUUCUUCCGAGAUCACUCAUACCAAGAAGAGGCAGCAAUGGAGCUGAAGGUGGAAGAUCCAUUUUAUUGGAUUAACCCUGGAAUGCUGGUUCUGAUUGCUGUCCUGCCCAUUCUCAUCCUGCAGAUCACCAUUGGCCUUGGUUUUCUCUACAUGCAGCACAGACUGAGAGGCAAACUCCAAGCAGAGAUUGAGAAUCUCCACCGAACUUUUGAUCCCCAUUUCCUGAGAGUGCCCUGCUGGAAGAUAACACUUUUUGUGAUAGUGCCCGUUCUGGGACCCUUCAUUGCCAUGAUCAUCUGUUACAACUGGCUGCAUCGAAGACUGGCAGGACAAUUCCUUGAAGAGCUAAAAUACCCCUUUUGAGUAAUGUUGGCCUCCCCUUGAAGCAACAGUGAAGAAGCUGACCAACUUGAUCCUUCACUGGAGGGCAGGUCACUGACUGGUCUACGAGAGAGGUGCACCCUCCAGAACCCUUCUCCCUCAGGAUUCCUCACCCA